UCUUUUCUUUGCAUUUGCGUUUAAGCGAGAGUCUUAAAACUGGAAUUGCACCUAUACCUCUUCAAAUGCAGGUGACGGACUAAAAUUUUGCAAUGCUGAACGAGACAGAGGUCAUCAGUGAGUUCAUCCUUUUGGGCCUCACCGAUAUCCAGGGCCUGCAGCACUUUUUCUUCAUCUCCUUUCUCUUGCUCUACUUGACCAGUCUUCUGGGAAAUGGUGCCAUUGUGACCAUGGUGAUAACUGAGCCCCGGCUCCACACACCGAUGUACUUCUUCCUGGGGAACCUGUCCUGCCUGGACAUUUUCUAUUCCACAGUCACUGUUCCCAAGAUGUUGGCUGGCUUUCUCUUUGGGCAUCAGCCCAUCUCUUUUGGUGGGUGCUUGGCCCAGCUCCACUUCUUCCACUUCCUGGGCAGUACUGAGGCUGUGCUCCUGGCCACCAUGGCCUAUGAUCGCUACGUGGCCAUUUGCAACCCUUUGCGCUAUGCCCUUGUCAUGAGCCCACGGACUUGUCUGCUGCUGGCUGUGGCCAGCUGGUCCACUGGUUUUGUACAUGCCAUGAUGCACUCAGUCAUGACCUCUCAAUUGAGUUUCUGUGGCCACAACCACAUUCAUCACGUCUUCUGUGACAUCAAGCCACUGUUGAAUUUGGCUUGCAGUAGCACCAGCCUCAACAUGACCCUCCUCAAUGUUGUCACCACAGCUAUUGCUCUAGGGCCCUUCACUCUCAUAGUCCUCUCCUACCUCUACAUCAUCUCCUUCGCCUUCCGGAAAGUCCGGUCCCAGGAAGGAAGAUGGAAGCCCUUCUCCACCUGUGCCUCCCACCUCACCAUUGUGGCACUGUUGUACAUACCAGUGCUCUUCAAUUAUACACCACCCUCCUCAGGAAGCUCCUCUAAAAGGGAUGUGCAAGUGUCUCUCAUGUAUAGUGCUGUCACCCCAGCUCUGAACCCCUUGAUCUACACUCUUAGGAACCAGGAGGUGAGAUCUGCCCUGAAAAAAACGGUAGGGAGAAAAAUCUUCCCUGGAGGAAAGUGACUAAAUCAAGGAGAAGGCUCAGAAUGUGGUUACUCCACCUCUCACAUUUAUAAGGAAAGAGGCCCAAAGGACACCGUAC